CUGAUGAUCGCCCCGGGCAAGUGAUCAGAGAGGGCGGCCAGUGACCGUGCUGCGUACGGAGAGGUGGAGAGGAGGAGGCGAGGAGGAGGUGAAAGAGGAGGGCAGGCGAGGCAUCUUCUCCAGCAGGAACAGCAGCAGGCUCGGUUUAGGAUCUACCCUGCGCCCCCUGAGCUCGGGAUUCCGUCGCCGCUGUCGCUUCUCUUGUCUGUCUGUGCGCUGCUGCGCGACCCCCAGUACUCCGAACCUGCACCACCCGAGGAGAAAAGCAGGGGGAGGACGAGGCGGCAUGGCUUCUACUACCUGCACCAGGUUCACCGAUGAGUACCAGCUAUUCGAAGAGCUCGGAAAGGGUGCUUUCUCGGUGGUGCGGAGAUGCAUGAAGAUCACCACAGGACAAGAGUAUGCUGCCAAAAUUAUCAACACCAAAAAGCUGUCUGCAAGAGAUCACCAGAAGCUGGAGCGUGAAGCAAGAAUUUGUCGUCUUCUGAAGCAUCCUAACAUUGUUCGACUCCAUGAGAGCAUAUCAGAAGAAGGUUUCCAUUACUUAGUCUUUGACUU